GUGAAACCCAAGCUGGAGGCGGCGACGAACCGGACGUUUGCCAAAUACGAGGCCAUUUUGUACCGUCAGCAGGUGAUGGCCGGGAUGAACUACUUUGUCAAGAUGCAAUGCGGCGACAAAGAGAAAGACUACAUCCAUCUGAGGAUCUUCGAGGCCCUGCCAGUCCAUGGCGGACAGGUUAAGCUCUCCAGCUUCCAGGUGGACAAGACCAAGGAUGACCCCAUCUUCUAGACGCAGCCUAGAAGUCUCUUCUCCCAGCCGUGUAAGCUUCCGAGCAUAAUAAAUGCAUCUCUCCUAAAA